ACAUUAUUACCUUUUUAAAAAUAGUCUUCGUCGUAAUUUCGAAUUUUCCGUCGGACUUCCUUCUUAUGAGAAGCGCCGGAGAUCGGAGUUUCGUUUUCCGGGCCCAUUCUCUCUCUACAUUAUAGAUGUUUUCAGUUUGAUGUGUUUGGAGCAGCAUUAUCAAAUCUUGGAAAUAAAGGAGAGAAAAAAAAAUGGGUGUGAAGCAAGCAUUAAGAGCUAUUGAUGCAUUUCCUCGAGCUGAAGAACACUUGUUGCAGAAAACCAAGUUUGGUGCCUUUGUUUCUGUUGUGGGACUGCUAAUUAUGGUAACAUUGUUCUUGCAUGAACUGAGUUACUAUCUUAAUAUAAAUACUGUUUAUCAGAUGGCUGUUGACAUGAGACGUGGAGAAAAUCUUCCCAUUCACAUAAAUAUGACAUUCCCCUCUCUACCUUGUGAUGUUCUAAGUGUAGAUGCUAUUGAUAUGUCGGGGAAGCAUGAAGUAGAUCUUGAUACAAACAUAUGGAAGCUUCGCUUGAACAGUGAUGGCCAUAUCACUGGCACUGAGUAUUUGUCAGACCUUGUUGAGAAGGAACAUGAAGCUCAUAAACAUGAUGUGCACAAAGAACAUAAUGAAGAUUCAGACAAGAUCCAUCUACAGGGCAUUGAUGAAGAAUCUCAAAAUAUGAUCAAGAAGGUUAAGCAAGCAUUGGCUACUGGGGAAGGCUGCAGGGUGUAUGGCACUUUAGAUGUCCAGCGAGUUGCUGGGAAUUUCCACAUGUCCGUUCAUGGAUUGAACAUUUUUGUUGCUCAAAUGAUUUUUGAAAGGUCUACUCAUGUCAAUGUAAGCCAUAUUAUCCAUGAUUUAUCAUUUGGGCCCAAAUAUCCAGGUAUUCACAACCCGCUAGACGGAACAUCACGAAUUCUCCGUGGAGCUAGUGGCACAUUCAAAUAUUACAUUAAGGUUGUUCCAACUGAAUAUAGAUAUAUAUCAAAAGAAGUUUUACCGACUAAUCAAUUUUCUGUAACGGAGUACUUUUCUCCCAUCCAUGAUUUUGAACGGACAUGGCCAGCUGUGUACUUCUUAUAUGAUCUGUCACCAAUUACCGUGACCAUCAGAGAAGAACGUCGCAGUUUUCUGCACUUUAUCACUCGGCUCUGUGCAGUUUUGGGUGGGACAUUUGCCUUGACAGGUAUGCUAGAUGGAUGGAUGUACAAGCUUCUUGAAGCUGUUACAAAGAAAAACAGCAGAACUAUUGUGCGCUAAACGUCGAGGCAUUGCAAUACUGAUAUGUUCAGCCAAGCUGAAUUGCAGAACUGGUGAACUAGGCAAAGAGCUUUAGUCAACAAAGCAGAUCAACAUCAAGUUUAUGAACAAAGUUGUUUUUAUUCCAGUGAUUUUGGUAGCACUAGAAGAUCAAUUCAUUCAUUGGUCAAUCUAACAAAAACUAGGAUUAUGAACAUUUUACUGGCAAUUUUGUUCACUUGUUGAAAAGCUAUAUAAAUUAGCAUAUUGAUCUCUUUUAUCAAAACAUAGCA